UUCGUGACGUAAACAGACCAUCUCCGGACUGUCCACCACCGACAUCCACCCAUCCAUGAUACCACAGUAGUCUACACCACCUUGGUGAAUUGAUUUAUUGUCCAGCUGUUGCUGCUCUGUGACAGAAAAAAUGCAGAAGAGGAGGAAGCCAGAGCCGAUCACGCUCAACCCGAUUCCUGAUGGGAACGCGAUAAACGGAACCGGGUCUUCGGAGACCAACCUGGAGGCCCUGCAGAAGAAGCUGGAGGAGUUGGAGCUGGACGAGCAGCAGCGGAAGCGUCUGGAAGCUUUCCUCACGCAGAAGCAGAAGGUGGGCGAGCUCAAGGACGACGACUUUGAAAAGAUCUGCGAGCUGGGCGCAGGCAACGGAGGAGUGGUCUUCAAGGUCUCACACAAACCCUCGGGGCUCAUCAUGGCACGCAAGCUGAUCCACCUGGAGAUCAAGCCGGCCAUCCGUAACCAGAUCAUCAGAGAGCUGCAGGUCUUGCAUGAGUGCAACUCGCCCUACAUCGUGGGCUUCUACGGAGCCUUCUACAGCGACGGGGAGAUCAGCAUCUGCAUGGAACACAUGGACGGUGGAUCUCUGGACCAGUCCCUGAAGAAGGCCGGCAAAAUCCCUGAAGAGAUCCUGGGCAAAGUCAGCAUCGCAGUGAUAAAAGGCCUGUCAUACCUGAGGGAAAAACACAAGAUCAUGCACAGAGACGUGAAGCCCUCCAACAUCCUGGUGAACUCACGCGGGGAGAUCAAGCUGUGUGAUUUCGGCGUGAGCGGCCAGCUCAUUGACUCCAUGGCCAACUCGUUUGUAGGGACACGCUCAUACAUGUCUCCGGAGAGGCUGCAGGGCACCCACUACUCGGUGCAGUCGGACAUCUGGAGCAUGGGCUUGUCGUUGGUGGAGAUGGCCAUCGGCCGCUUCCCCAUCCCGCCCCCGGAUGCCAAGGAGCUGGAGCAGAUCUUCGGACAGCCCGUGGAGGGAGACCCCUCGUCCACAGAGGCCUCCCCCAAACCCAGGCCCCCCGGCAGGCCUGGCAGCUCCUAUGGCCCUGACAGCCGGCCUCCAAUGGCGAUCUUUGAGCUGCUUGACUAUAUCGUGAAUGAACCUCCUCCAAAGCUGCCAGGGAUCUUCAGUGCUGACUUCCAAGAUUUUGUUAAUAAAUGCUUAAUCAAGAAUCCAGCAGAAAGGGCGGACCUGAAGCAGCUGAUAGUCCACCCCUUCAUCAAGCAGUCCGAGGCUGAGGAGGUGGACUUUGCCGGCUGGCUGUGCAGCACCAUCGGCCUGAACCAACCCGUGACCCCCACCCACAGUGCGGGGGUGUGAGAGUGCGACCCCUGACACACACUCCCCACAACAGCCAUGCCAAACAAGUCCCUCUGCCAACCCCAAGCAAAGACACUCACACACACUUUCCAGUCAUGCACUAACCAACUGGCUACCAUGUGCUAACACCAUUACAAGUCUGCCAAUCAAUUAACAAAUUUGCCAAUCACUGCCUCACUCCACAACACAGAUUCCCCCUUUGAACUUUUAAAUCUGAACAUUGUGUACAAAUUGUCAAUUGUUUGCUUGAAACUGUAGAUAAAAUGGCCAGUAUGAGGGCAGUAGCCAUGGACUAGAACACACCUGGUAUUUUGAGCUCAAUGAGGGUCUCGUAAAGGUUUAGCUUGUCUGCUAAGUGACGCACUGAAAGACAGAUGAGCACUUUAAAAGCUUUGAUCCACGCUCCAGAUUAAGAAUGAGUUUUUAUUCCCCCCAGCAGAGUUAAUUGAGCCAUUUGACAUGUCGCUUGGAGGCCCUCCCUGCUGAUCGAAUGGAGAAGUAUCUCUUCCCUAACUGUACAGGUUUCACAGCCAUAGGAACACUUAAAUGUAAAAACUGAAUGCAAACCCAUUACACACACUACAUAUUUUUCCUUGAUUUAUAUUUGUACAAGUGGCUUCAUCCUGUUAAAGGACCAUUAGACCUAUGGGCAUUUGCAGUCCCUUAAAUAUGCUUAUUUAUAGGGAGUAGACAUUCCCAGCCUUAUACCUCUGCUCUACCCCAUGAGUAUUUGUGCUAAUUUGUGUUUCAAAAGAAUCUCUUGGAAAAUUUAGGGAUAUGUGUUCAAUAAACUUGCAGUUUAUUUAACUA